ACAAUGACAAUAUCUAUGAUUUAUGGCUUAUUGGCUUUGUAAAUAAGGAAACAUUAUUUUCUCUCUCCCACUCUUCCACGCAACACACUACAACUUUUUAUUUUCUUCAUCUAUAAAAUGGACAUGUGAAUCAAUGAUAAUUGUGUAGGUGAAGUUUCUUGUGUGGACCAUUUCUGAUUUGGACACAAAGUAUCAAUCCUUUUCGGUUUCUUUAGCUUCUGUUGCUAUGCCUGGAACUGGAAACAUGAAUGUUGGUUUGUUUGUAUCCAUGGUUUUAUAUUCAAGAUUGAUUCAGGAACUGGCCUGUCUGCCGGUUGGUUCAACCAAGAUUGAGUGUUGUUUUGAUGAUAGAGAUUGGAGAAUAUGAUACGUUGCGGAAUUAUAUCUGGAUGCUUUUACUUUUCUUACUAAUUGUUAGUAAUUGGCUUUUUUUUAAAAUCAAUUUUGAAGUUCAAUACUUUGCCGUGAACAACAUAGCCACUAAGGCCCCUCCAAUUUGUGCUACCAUGUCGAUACUGCCUAAAUUACGGUGUGUCACUGUUGAUGUUACCGGCACCCUAAUGGCUUACAAAGGGGAGCUUGGUGACUAUUACUGCAUGGCAGCCAAAGCUGCUGGCCGUCCAUGCCCGGACUACAAACGUAUGCAUGAGGGCUUUAAGCUUGCAUAUAAGGACAUGGCAAAGAAUUAUCCAUGUUUUGGGUUUGCAGCCAAAAUGCCAAACAUUGUGUGGUGGAAAACUUGUGUGCGAGAUUCAUAUGUUAGGGCUGGAUAUGAAUAUGAUGAGGAGACAUUUGAAAAGAUUUUCAGACGCAUCUAUGCAUCCUUUGGUUCAUCUGCUCCAUAUACGGUCUUUCCAGAUUCGAAACCAUUUCUUAGAUGGCUUCGUGGAAAGGGUCUCAAAGUUGGCAUUGUGAGCAAUGCUGAGUAUCGAUAUCGGGAUGUGAUUCUUCCAGCUUUAGGUUUAAAUGAGGGAUCCGAGUGGGACUUUGGCGUGUUUUCUGGCCUCGAAGGCAUUGAGAAGCCAGACCCAAAAAUUUACAAGAUUGCACUUGAGAGGGCUGGAAAUAUUGCACCCGAAGAAGCUUUACACAUCGGUGAUAGCAUACGCAAAGACUAUGAACCAGCUAAGAGCAUAGGGAUGCAUGCACUAUUGUUGGAUAGAUUUAAGACACCAGAAGCUGAGGAGUGGAGAAAAUCCGGGGGAGUUGUUCUUCCUGAUUUAAUAGCAGCACAAGAAUGGCUGUCUUCAGAGAAGUCAACUUACUAGAGGUUCUAUAUAUUUGCUGAAGUAGUAUAUUUAUAUAUAUCAUUUUCCUCCUCUGAUGACAUGACUUUGUUCUGUAAUGUUCCAGCGGGUAUCAUAACUGCAUGUAUCUGAAUAUUGAUCUGCAGAGCCAUGCUUGAGUGUAUCUAUUGGUAGGACUUUGUUCUUCUGAUAUAGCUCUACCAUAACUUUGCAAUACUUUAAAUGUUUCUUUUCCUGGUUACUAAGUUUCCCAUGUACUUUACCUCCUCAGUUGCAGAGGAGAAUGAGCAUUAUCAGAUAUUAAUAUUUCCAAAA